UUGGCAGUCGGUUCUUGAAACCCGCCCGGUGAAUGCCUCGAGAGGCUCUCGUACACGCGUUUUUUGCCGACCUUUCGAUGCACCCAAGGGGUUCGCGGUGUGCACGCAGGAAUUUCGCGCUUAGGGCCGCGUUAUCUUAGGAAAAUUCGCUUCGGUUCGGCUCGGUUCGCUCCGCGUCGCCGCUGUCACGCGACCGUUUCCCCGAUACAUAUUUCGCGUACCUGUGUGUCUCUUCUCUCCGGCUGCCGCGGCUGUGUUGUGUGCACGGCGUCCGAGCGUUCACGCGUGACAGAUACUUCGAAGAAAGUGAAAUGCGACCGGCGAACCAGCCAGGAAGCUGAUUAAUUGCUCCGAAAUCGACGCAAGAUUUCACCUGGUUUCGCGAGAGUCCACUGUCGACGAUCGGUUUCUAUAGCGCCGUAAUAUACGAUGCCGAACAUUCUCGCGAUAACCGCACCGUGAAAAUAUUGUGCGCGGACACGCUAUUUACGGGUGCCGAGCGUGUCAUUCGACUUUCGUGGUACCAACGGACUCCGGUUUGUAAAUAACAGGGAUCCGCGACAUCGAGAGACCGUCGAUUACAGGAACUUGUGAAACUUCGCCGUAAAUUGUACCACCGUGGAAUAUCGUGAUUUUCUCGCGGCGAAUUAUAGAAUGAUCGGCGGCAAUUUAAGUGAAAAUCGGGGAGACCGCGGAACGCGUAACAGUUCCACGAAAGGCGCAAGAAACCGACUGCCUUAAACGGGAGGAAAACAGUCCGGCGCGAACAGAGGCGAGCUCUCGUAACGCAGCGUAAUAACGGUUUCAAGAAUUUUUCACGUGUCAGUGGAUCACUGGGUUUUCUAGCUGCGGCGCGAUGCGGCGUCUGGCUCAGUUUUUUUCCUGAACGUUCGCAGUGUUCGCACGGAUCCAUCCUAAUUCGCGCGUGGCUCGCCGCUGGCGGGGACUGACGCGACCGGUGCUCGCUCCGAAGCGAAUCGAAUCGAUUCGUCGUCGCGAGUUGCCGCGGGUUUGCUGCGAGCCGCAACCUUCUCGCAAUCGCAACUUGCCACCGGCCGAGAAAGCAGACGAAUCGUUCGAACGAUUAGUGUCUCUCGGGGGACGGAGAAGCCGUUAGCCGUGCCACGGGAACAGAAUUUUCGCGUCCGAGGACAUAAUGGAUCGCUGUCGCUGUCGGAGCCGCCGCUGACAUCGGAAAGACAGGAUGCGCGCAGCAGCGUUUCGUACGCGGUCGUUCUUUUCCAUGCGAGUGCGCGAACGGUCGCAGGACACGAGGAACGAGUGUGGGAAUUCUCAGGACACCGGCGACACCGACGCUAACGACAUCGACGAAGCCGCGCGAUGAAGAGAGACGCGACACGCGAAUAACAGCGACGCGGAGAAAAAGAGCGAGAGAGAGAGAGAGAGAGAGAGAGAGAGAGAGAGAGAGAGAGAGAGAGGAGAGCCUCCAUUCCGGAAAAGAAUCCCCUAACUCGAUUCUAAUCGCCUCGAAAAAUCUUGGUGCACCCGCGGGAAAAGUGCGCGCUCGGCUGUCGGUUGUGCUCGCGUUAAAUGCGUAUACCAGAGAAAAAUACGAUCUCGGUGCCGGCAGCUAGAAAAUAAACGACUCCGCCGCGAGAGUCGUAGAACGGCAACGCGGACGAUAAAACGAACCCACGUGAAGGCCUUAAGGACAAUUUAUGAAUCUGCGUACGCCGCGAUAUCUUAAUAAAGUCGCGUCGUAAAGGCUCGCUCGGUUUUAAUCCUUUCGCCACUCGAGGAAGCGGUUGCAGCCCCCGGCUCUCCCGGCUAUUUUAUAAUAAACGCUCGUUCCGUUCGGGACGUGCCUAAGCCGCGGCCCCGUAAUUACGCAAGCCUUAAAGACAAUCGCGGGGCAAAGACAAUGCCGGAGAUACGGCGAUAUCGGUGAGACAUCGCGCGAGAAAAAUUCCUCAUUGUCCUAGGAAUGUGGGCGUAUCGAGCGAGAUAUCUGGACGAUAAAGAGAUUUCGCGGUGGAAACGAGAUUGCGAGUGCCGUCUGAACGAUACAAAUUAUCGCCGUUUUUUUUAAUCGGUCGAAACUAUCUCGAGAGUGGGAAAUAUGAUAUAAAACGGAGCUACCGAAGCUAUCCGAGUGCAACGAAUUUUAACCCCCGAGUGGAACCGGCCGGUGGACAGAGGCUAAUUAGCGAGGCAAUUAACGGUUUGUGCGGACGGGACUUGUUUCGAAGCGUUGUCUGGGAAGACCAGAUCUAGAAAGCUUAAUUGGUGGGCAGGAUGGGGAAUGCUAGAUCCCAGCCUUGCCGACGGGGCAAACAGCUCUAUCUGUUUUACCUGAUCCAUCGAACAUGGAGCAUCGUGGCGGAACACCGGAAAGAUAACGAUCGUUCCUACGAUACCGACCCCGAGACCGAGUUAUCAUCGAGGUGCAGCGGAUGCAAUGGCUGCGAUUACCGACAGGACAGCCUUACCUUCGACAGCGAGUCGGACAUGGCGCCGAACGCGGACGAGGAGCUGCUGGUAGUGAAGCCGUGGGGAUUGCAACCGGAAAAGGAGCGAUUAAGACCACCUACGUACAACGCGGAGGACUACGCUAUCGCGCUCAGACGAUGGGGAAGGCGUCCAUUAGGAAGCGUCCAGGACUCCCAAGGCACCCUGCCCUCGACGACCAGCUCGAGUUCCGGUUAUGCUUCCGGAAGCGGCGAGAUGACCUUGAGACAAUUCACCUCGGUCAGCGAGCUGUUGAACAAGCUUAGAACGGACCUCAGGCUGGCAUUUCCAAGCUUCGUUCAGGAAUUCGCCUCGCCGCCCGCCGACGGGAUCACGCUGCUGUUGGAGACCCUUCGGGGUGUUCAGCUAGCUCAAAGUUCUCCACCCUCUUCCGGUCACACGGGUCCGCGUGUCGGCACCAGAAGAGCAGCUCUGGACGAGCUUGGCUGCGUCGAGUGUCUGGCUGCCUGCGCCGAACGAUGCACCGAUGCGCCGAGGCUCCUGGUGCAAGCUCAACCCGGUCUUCUUGCUCUGGCAGUCUGUCUGACUAGUAGCUUGAACCGGUCCCGGGUUCUAGCUCUUCAGCUACUGACGAAGGUCUGCCAGGCUCCGGGUGGCCACGCAGCUGUCUCCGAAGCGGUCUCCACUUUGAGGCUCAAGUACGGCGAGGGCGGUAGGUUCCGAUUCCUCGCCGGCGCCCUCCUGGCUCCCAGAGCAGCGAUUGCCCUGAGAGUCGCAGGAGUCUCUUUCCUCAACGCUUUCCUCAAGUCUGCACCAAGGACCCAGACCAGGUUAUACAUUCAGGCCGAAGCCUGCGAAGCUGGACUAGAGCCGCAGGUCCUUCAAGAAUGGCUGAAAGAGCUGGACGGCAGGGAGGAGGACGCCCUGAACGAGCUUCUGCACAAGGAGGUCCAGAAGUGGACGCACAACUGCGUCGACGUAGACACGUUGCAGAGACGGGUGGUACGUGCCGAGGAAACCUGUAGAAUUCUGAGCAAAAAGGUUUCGGCCCUGCAGGCCGAGCUGCAACAGCUCCAAGUCGAGAAGCUGAACAGCUACAACCGGGAGGACCGUGAGAAGGUGACGGUGCUCGGGCCGAAGCAGUCGCCGAAAGUGUCCUCGAACGCGGAGGACGAGGGCAUCAGCUCGUCGGAGAGAUCCAGCAGCCCUGAGAACGGUAAACACCAGAUGCGGAACCACCAGAAGCACAGCUCGUCGCCGGACAACGAUCAGGAGACCACCAUCGACGACGUGAUCGAGGAGCUCAGGAUCAUCGUGAAGGACGCCGAGCAGGAGUUCGGCGACAAGAAUCGCGAGGAGAAGGAGAGGAUCCCGCAGAACACCUCCAAGGACCAAGCGUUCAAGAGCUCGGAGUCGUACAUGCUGGACAGGGUCCUGAAGAGGGACCAGCAGUCCGACGCGAAGAUUUCGAAGUCGAAUCCAGGCUCCACUGUUUCUCAGAGCAUGGCGAAGGGCGAGCAGGUGACCUACUUCGGGAACGAUCGUGAUUACAGCACGGACUCGGGCAGCAACAGAAGGCUGAAUCCUGAUGCGAGAAGAAUCUCCAAGUCCUCGGUGGACGGCAGCGUGAAGAUUGUGAUCAAAGGGCCGGACAUAGAGGACGCCAUAGUCCCGACGAUCCUGCACCCCCAGCCUCCGAGGAGAUCGCCACCUUGUCUGUCCACCAUCAUGGCGGUCAGACACUGCGACUUCCCGGACCACGAAGAGACUUACAACUCUCACGACGAAGAAAUCGAGGAGGAAACCUUGGGGGACGGCAGCGACUCUCUGCUCAGUGCUUCCAGGCUGAAGUACAACGGGAAGAAUCAGACUUACGAGGAGCGGAUCAGGAACGCAAACGGCAACCACUUCCAGAAGCAAUCGAGAAACGUGGACGAGGAGCAGGACGGCAAAUUGAAGAAGAGCUACGACGAUCUCCGACACUUCGACGAGGGCGAGAAGGACAAGAAAACGAUCAGGAACUAUGAGAGCUCGUGCAGGGCGAAGAACGAGACCAAGUCCAGGCAAGAUGGGUUCGUGCAGAGACACAACUCCAAGUACAGGAGCGAGGUGGAGAAGAGGAAGUUGCUUCGCAGGUCCACAAGCCACGACUACCUCGAGUCCAGCGCCUCGAGUCCAAGGUCAAGGAGGUCCGGAAGAAGCCGAGUCGAGAGCCACAUCAGGAAGUUCGAGAGUCUAAACUCGUUCGACGAGCAUCGAAGUCUGCAGAGCUAUGGUAGGCCGGGUAGCUCCGAGAACCUCAGCAAGCAGGAGCACCAGUUCUUCGAGGACAGCUCGAGGAACAGGAUGCGCAGGUCCGAGUCUUUCCACCAUGUAUCCCACGUGGCCAAGAAGGAGCAGUGUUCCUCUCGCGGAGGAAGCGACAGCGGACUGUUCUACGUCACGGAUUUCAACCUGGAACCACUGCUGACACGAAAACCAACGUCCAUAGAGGCUCCAAAAUCACCCAGUCUGCAGACCAAAUCCCUGGAUAGAAUCGACGAGGGCCUCGAUUCGAUGGUGGACAUCGUAAUCACGGAGGAGAAGAGCCAAUGGAGAUCGGGCAAGCACCAGAAGAUCAAGAAGUCUCGGGAGGAGAGACAGGUGAUCAGGUCCAAGUCCAACAGACUCGAGGACACGAGAAAUUGCUACGAUAUAGACGCGAAGAGCAGGCAGGAGGAAUCCAGGAGCAAACACCUGAAAAACGACGAGCUUUAUAAUGUUAGCGUGAAUAACAAACAGCUGAGGAGCGACGAGCUGUACGAGGAGCAGAGGAACCGCGAGUGGAAUUGUCAAAACGAAUUGAAUUCCGCCAAGAGGAACGAUUUGGAUUUUGAUUGCGCGCCCAUGAUCAUGGCCAAGAACGGACCCAAGAACAACUCGUUCAGCCAGCACGAAAAUAUCGCGAAUCGGUUCACGAGCAGACCGAACGAUUCCGGCAUCUUCGCCAGCCGAACCUACGACACUUUUGGUCUCGGAAAGAAUCGGUUCAACGCUGGCAAAUACUCCGGAAACCAACAGAUCAAGGAGAGCCCCGUUGGAAGGAGAAACACGACCUCGUCCGCGACCGGAAACCGCGGAAAAGUCACGGACGUCGUGUCGGGACUCUAUUGAAAGUAGGCCCAUGUAGAUUUCUAGUGUUCUCGGAAACAGAUUUCAAAGAAUGAGAUAUAUUUUUGUAUACAGGUUAAAUACAAAAGUCUUACGAACGACAUUCGUUCAGCCCUUUAGAUAUCCGCGUCGUCUUAUCGUGUACGAAACAAACGCCGAAAUUCAAGUAUAUAGCUUAGAUCGCUCCGCUUAUCGCGACAAGGGGUGCAAUGAUUGUAAGUAUUACAAACAACAAUUCGAAGCUUAACAUACGAGAUGACUUUCAAAUGAAUGCUAAUUUUCUAAUCGUUUCAUUUAAAAUGUGAAAUGAGACAGAUCCGAGAAUGAUUUAUUGUGUGCCACGAUGAUUUGUUUCACUCUAGAACGAGGUACAGCAGUGACGAUAAUUACAGAUUUCAUAAAUUUGCAUAUCAAUCUAAAGAAACGUUGUAUAUUUUUUAGAGAGAAUUGUUUGAUUUAUUAUUUCGAGGUCACUCUAUAUUAGAACAUGUAGCCGUUCUCAAUAUGAAGAUAGGUGUACGGUGAUGGAGUGUCACACGUUUUUCCAUGAAUUGUGCAAUAUUAUUUUUCAUCGCGUGUAAUUACAUCGUAAUUCAACAAGGAACUGCAAUUUAGUAUAAACGCGCAGAUAAGAAAGUGUACAAAGGAAACGCCAGAAAAUGGCAAUGACUAUGAAAUAAGUCCACGAGUUAUCAUCGUUGUAAUCAUUAUUGUUAAGUCCAAACCGUAUUUUUUAACUUAUUAUAACUAAUGUAUUCGCGAAACGUUCUUGAAUUGAAUAAAAUUGUUAUCCUUAUCAUUAUACCGAAAUGGUAUUCAGGGACACUCCUGUAUAAGUGAAACUAAAACUAUUCCAUGGUAUUUAUUUCCGAUUAAUACAACAAUUAUGUAGAAAACAAAAGAUACAACAGUAUAGGAUUUAUGUACACAAAAAAAUAUACAUAUUACCGGUGA